CGAGAAAUCACAAAUUCCUUAAGAAACCACAAAUAAAUCAGCAAUCCCACCACUUGUUCUCAUACGGUACGCCCCGUUGCGCUCGCGCAAAGAGUGAGCCAUGGGGCAGAGAAACCUGUUACUCUGUUUCGACGCCUUUGGGACCCUCUUCCACCCGAAGGGUCCUGUCAUGGAGCAAUACGUCGCGGUCGCGCAACAAUGCGGCCUUGGUGGUUUCAGCGCCCAAGACGUCGAGGCGUCGUUCAAAGCUGCCUUCUCUCGCCAGUCAAAGCUGCAUCCCAAUUACGGCAGGGCCAGCGGCAUGGGCGCAUUAAAGUGGUGGACUAAUGUCAUCACCCAGACGUUCCAGCCGCUCAUUGGGAAAGGGACGGAGCUGCCCAAUGACCUUGCUCCCAAGCUCUGGCACAGGUUCAGCUCCGGGGAGGGAUACAGCCUCUCGCCCGGCGUGGCAUCCCUCCUCCGGUCACUCAGGCAGCGGCAGCAAGAACGGAGGCCCAAGUCCUCUCGGCUCAUCGUCGGCGUCAUCACCAACUCUGACGACAGAGUCCCGAGCAUCCUUUCCUCCCUGGGUCUCCACGUCAGUCCCUUGCGCUUCGGAGCCCCGUUGAACUCGGCCAGAGGAGGGCCGUCUGAGCACUAUGACGUCGACUUGCACUGCAUGUCCUACGACGUCGGAGUUACGAAACCGGACAGGCGCAUCUUUGACGCCGCCGAGGAGAUGGCCGUCCAGCUUGUCAUGGCACAGGAAGCUGCCGAGCAUGGCCGGGACGUCGAGCGGGCGCAGCCUGCAUUACCCUGGCUGAAACUCUAUGUUGGUGAUGAGUAUGAGAAAGAUGUGGUCGGAGCACGCGGUGCGGGGUGGAAUCCGAUCUUUGUUGGCGCCAAAGAAGAAGUGUCCGGUCAGGACAGUGUACUCGACUUGGAUCAGCUGCGGAACAAGAGGCUCGACGAAGUGUUUCACCGAGAUGGUCCCCCAUUGACGAUACACGCAGACAGCACCCAGGAGGUGCUUGAGUGGCUAAUAGAGUACUAAGGGUGGAAGCCGCAAAGCCUAACAGACCGCACUUUUCAGUCCUGUUGCACAGCUGCCAGCGCUCUCAGCCAGCCGAGCUUAGGAUGGAGCACUCCAUCUUCAUAGGUGCCGAUAGCCUCUCCUCCAGUAAA